CUCUGUAACGUUAUACUUCGGGUACACACACAGUUCCUCCUUUCGAUAGUAAGAGUAAUACAAUUCUGGAGCAUUUCACCUCGAAGAUACAGAUAGUUCCAUUUCUUAUAAAAUUGGUAUUCGUAUCCGAAUCAUAGUCAUUUUUGAAUAGGCAGAUCAACCUGUUCGUUAUUUCUAAACACUACCAAUCUCUCGACUUCUAGGCAAAGAACAAUCGUCGAUAAAGGCUAAUGAGAUUUUAGCACCAUGUUGGUGAGCUCAUCCGCGUGGUUAACAACCUUUCUAGUCCUGAGCACAUUUUUUACCCUCGGGUGCAGCCAGAGAUGUGGGGGUUCCAUAGAGGCCGGAGCUGGUGUGAUACGUUCCACUAACUACCCUGACGGGUAUCCAGCAUCGGACUGUGUUUGGAUCAUUGACUCUGGCGCCGAGAACAGGAUUAGACUCAAGUUCCAGGUCCGCGACUGCAGUGGAGAUUCCCUUUGGAUCUAUGAUGGAAACGGGACGGUUGGAGUACCACGUUUGGGCCAAUACUGUUCGACAGUUCCACCCACAUCUAUUGACUCUAGUGGACGGUUGGUGACAAUCAAGUUUAUGUCCGUGGGAGGAGCGGAAAACAACCAAGGCUUCGUCAUAUCCUAUGAAUCGAUCGACUUAGCGCUUGGUUCUCGAGUCAUUUGGAGUGAGAUUGAAGCGUCCACGGGUUCGGUUCGAUUGAACAGUGUACCGGCAGACCCCACCGUGAUGUUGAAACCAGAUGGCACAGUCCAGGACACCAUCGUGACCGAUUUCUACUUCAUGGCCCCAAGUGGUAACUGGACCGCCCUAGAAACCCGGUAUGGUGAGCACGAACUGAUUUGGAGUGAUGGUCUUCGAAAGGUCAUGAUCAAGGGGUCAAUGGGAAGUAACCGAUCGGCGAAAAUCUACUACGGUUUUACAUCAUCCAGCGUUCUCGGAGUCGCCGUUGAUUGGCUGACGGGCAACGUGUAUUGGACAGAUGCAGCGUAUGAUUGGAUAAUAAUGCAUGACGCAAACGGGACGCGUAACGUACUGAUUAUUGACGAGGGCCUGGAUAUUCCUACAGGCAUAGCCAUUCAUCCAUCCAGGGGAUACCUAUUCUGGACUGACUCAGGAUCCAGGCCAAAGGUAGAGAGGAGUAAUCUUGCAGGAGGAGGUCGUCUUCAGCUGGUUUCCACAAACAUCGUUCGUCCCUCUGGAAUAACAGUUGAUUAUGAAACUGACUUAGUGUAUUGGGUGGAUUCCGAUCCAUCCUACAACCACAUGGAAGUCUGCAAUCUUGAAGGGGCAAAUCGCAGGACACUGAUGGACUCUCCAACCAAUCUAGGCCUUUUCGACUUGACCAUCUCCGGGAACUACAUCUACACAACGGCAAAAGAGGCCCAGAAACUGAUAGUGCUAGUGAAAGACAGUGGUCAAGAACUAUUCAAUCUUGGCCUCCAAUAUACUCCAUACAGCAUCGUGACCUAUGCACCGGAUGUACAACCUCAGGGAUAUUCACCGUGUAGCAGUAACCCUUGUAGCUUCCUUUGUGUCGGGGGAGGACCCAGCGGUUACUCCUGUCUCUGUGGAAACGGUUUCCUCCUAAAGGAAGAUGGUCGUACAUGCGAAAAGGCGGGUACGAUAGACCCACCGCAGUACUUCGUUGCCUCGCGCUCCAAGCUUUGUCGAUAUCCCAUCAACUUUCCUGACAUUGCUUUCCCCAUUGUCUCAAACUUUAAUGUAUCCUGCUUCUUAGAGGGGCGGAGCCAUGCCGUAGCUAUCGCCGUCGAUUUGGAAGACGGAAUCGUGUUCUUCAGUGACUUAGGAAUAAAGGGAAUAGGAAUGGCCACCCUCAGAGAUGGUGCACCGGUGAAGAUUAUCACGGGUGGGGUACGGGCUGUACAAGGUUUAGCCGUAGACUGGAUGACGAAACACUUGUAUUGGACGGACCAUGCCAGGGGUACCAUUGAGGUGUCCAAGUACGACGGAUCUUACCGAACAACACUCAUCAAGGACAAUGUCAUCAAGCCUAGGAGCAUUGCCAUCGAUCCAGAGAGAAAGUACAUCUUCUGGACUGAAUUUGGCCCACCUACCCAGAUCGAGCGUGCUUCGCUGGAUGGAACUGAACGUGUCGUCAUAAUGACGGCGCCACAUGGUCUGCCAUUCUUUGUCCCCACUGGGCUAGCUAUCGACACAGAAGAACAAAGGUUGUACUACGCAGAUCUUUCAACUCGUACUAUCAAUAAAGUCGAUUAUUUCGGGAACAAUAAGAGACAGCUACUGAGGAAAAAUGGUGCCAUCUUCUUCGAUGUUGCUCUCUACAAGGACUACAUUCUAUGGACGGAGCUUGGAGGAAACAAUGGUAUCUACGCAAGCAACCGCCACACUGGAGAGAUAGAACUAGUGUAUCAUAACCGAGGAGAGCAGGUGUAUGGCAUUACAACUUACGCGGACACCCGUCAGAAGAUCAUGCAUCAUCCAUGUCGUUACCAGAACGGAGGAUGUGAUCAGCUGUGUCUCAGCUCAUCUUCUAGUCGACGAGGAUUCGUGUGUGUUUGCACUCUCGGGUUCUACUUGGCUGACGAUGGAAAAUCUUGUGUGUCAGACCUUGUCCGAGACAACUUCUUUCUGGUCACGGACACCUAUCGACGAGCCAUCUUUCAGGUCGAUAUGCAAUCCACCACCUUCGAACCCAAAGCCUUGUUCCUUCCAAGCAUUCAGAACCCUAUAGCGGUGAGCUUUGAUCCCAUCGACAGGAAGGUCUACUGGACUGACGUGACUUCCAAGACACUCAGCCGUGCCUCGUUGGACGGCAACGACUACCAGGUCAUUGCUAGGGAUGGUAUUGAAGUUCCCGAUGGCAUUGCCGUAGACUCCAUUUCCAGGCUUGUGUACUGGACAGACUAUGGCACCCAUGGCAUCUCUGUAUCUCACCUGGACGGAUCAAACAGGAAGAUGCUGAUUCGAGGCUUAGAAAAGCCUAGAGCCCUUGUGUUGCAUCCCGUGGAAGGGACAAUGUUUUGGACAGACUGGGGUGACAAUGCCGUCAUUGAACGAGCUUUCAUGGACGGAACAGAGCGAUCAAUAAUUGUGUCUGGAUCACUGGUAUGGCCAAACGGACUCACGAUCGACUAUGAUGGUAAUCGGCUAUACUGGUGCGACGCUGGUCUUGAGCGACUGGAGACGGCUGAUUUUAACGGUCGUGACCGCCGUCUUCUCUUUACGUUUGGACGUAACGUCCAUGCCUAUGACGUGGCUGUACGUGGUCAGUUUCUAUACUGGACAGACUGGACAAUGCAGAGUGUCCUCAAGAUGGAUAAAGACACUGGUAGCGGUAUCGCGACAGUAGGACCCAAUGAUUACCUCAGACCAAAUGGAAUAUACAUGGUGUCCGACGAUACUCUGCCAUCAGGUGACAACCAGUGCUCAAUUGACAACGGAGGGUGCACAGGACUUUGCCUUCCAGUCGGCUUUGAUCGUAACUGCACAUGCGCAGAUGGAUUCCAAUUUGAUGAGGAAGGAACAACUUGUGUCCCAGAUCAAGUUACUGAAUGUCCACGGGUCUUUCACAAUGGUUUUGUUGACGAAUCAUGCGACCCGCGGCCAGGACACGUUUGUGAUGUCCAGUGUCAUCCAGGUUUUUCCCCUUCUUCGGAUGCCAUCAUCUGCCAAGCAUCUGGGACAUGGGACCUUGACGUCAGCAGAAUUUGCAUGGCUGUUCAGUGUCGUCGACUCGAAACACCACCGCAGGCUCUCCCUGGACCGUGCUCUCCUCCGUACAACACCGGCAAGAUGUGCACAUAUUCUUGCAUAGCAGGAUACACGAAGAUUGGAGGAGAUGACAGGAGUAUGUGUGACGAGCAUGGUGAAUGGAUUGGGAUUCCCAUACGCUGUGAACGGGAUUCUGGGACUAGAAUCGUUUCAUCUUGUAAUCCCGACCUGGCUUUCCUUGAAGAACCUCAGAAUCUAGAAGUAGCUGACGGAGAUCUUUUAGAGCUGAGGUGCCGGGUCAGCGACCAAGAUGCGACCUUGACAUGGGUCAAAGAUGGAACAAGGUUGGAUUCAGGUGCUGUAAACGGUAUCUACGUCGACCAGCUCAACCAGCUUCUCAUUCCAAGCUUCGAUGAACGACACGCAGGACACUACGCAUGCGCUGUAUUCUCCGGGGACAGGGAAUGCAUGCGAUCCGAGGCCAGUAUAACUUUCAACCCCCUGAGCUACUUCGAAAUCGUUCCCUUGAAUGCGUAUGUCAAUAUCAGUGAGGAUCAUCGGUUCCAGUGCUCCCCCAAAGAACACACGGGGAGUGUCGUCUGGGAGAAGGAUGGGCGACCGCUGGUAGAAGGAAACCUUCUCAUUCACCGAGGAUACCUCUAUCUCACAAAUAUAAGGGAGGAAAAUGAAGGGAAGUACACCUGCGUUGCCCGUGACGUGUUCGGACGAACCAAGGGUCGAGUACAUGCCUGGCUUUAUUUGACUGAUCCACCUCAGAUUGAUAUUUCUACAGUUUGUGGCACGAUAACAUAUUGGAAAGAGAGCAAAGCUCAAACUACACCCUCCCCAGUGGUAGUUACUCACACCGAGGCCCCAGAUCCAGAUAUCGUCGCUGAAUCUUCAAUCAACUGGAGCAGCUUCGAUGAUAACGAUGUAGACAGAGGCUCAGGUCGUGUGAUCGGAGGAAAUACAGCAAAAAAUGGUUCUGCGCCCUACAUGGUCCGAAUCUGGGAAUACAGGAAUGAGAAAGUAGUGGAUCCAUGGACCUUCAUCUGCGGUGCAACACUCCUGGACCAGAGGUGGAUUUUGACUGCUGCGCAUUGCAUGUUUGACAAGGACAAAAACUUGAUUAAAAAUGAAAACAUGAAUUUAUUUUUUGGUGACUAUGAUUCACUCUUCACAGAAGAGUCGGAAAAGAGCCGACAGCCAGCGGAAAUUAUUGUGCAUGAGGACUAUGACAAAACGUAUUUUGAUAAUGACAUUGCCUUAAUACGUAUCGACCCACCACUGUGGAAUUUCACUCCUUACAUUCGUCCUAUUUGCCUUGCCCCUGGGGUUCUGGCCAGUCGUAUCAUGGAGACCAACAUCAACGGACGCGUGACCGGAUGGGGACAAACGUCUCUUAAAAGUUCAACCAAUCGGUUAAUGAAGGAGGUGGAGUUACCUAUUGUUGAUCGGCAAACUUGCGAGGAGAGUAUUACCGAGGGUGAAGGAAGGGUUACUGAGAACAUGUUCUGCGCUGGUUACCACGAUGCGCAGCAUGACUCCUGCAAAGGCGACAGUGGGGGUCCAUUUGCUUUUCGUCAUGAUGAUGGACGGUGGUAUCAACUGGGAAUUGUAAGCUGGGGCGUCGGGUGUGCUGCGGAGGGGGAAUACGGGUUCUACACAAGCAUCUCUAGAUAUCUUCAUUGGUUGCGUUCUAAGAAUGUAACUGUUGCAUAUUCUCAGAACGUGGCGAGACGGUUCAACGAGAGUCAACCCAGUGAGGCACUGUCCUUUACAGUGAGAUCUCCUAGCAAUUUGACUGUUGCAGCAGGUAGCGUAGUCGAUCUAGAGUGUUCCCCUAACAGAGAUGAUGCGUCCGUUCGGUGGUUCAUAAAUGACAGACCAGUGAGAAUCCUUGUGGAAGGAGUGCGUUUUCUACCUUCUGGACUAGUCUUACACUUUGACGCCGUAGAGGAUCGUUUCUCUGGAGUAUUAUACUCGUGCGAGGCCAGGGUCAAUGAUGAGGAGGGAGAGCAAGUCAUUAGAGCAAACUUCCAACUACAUGUUACUGCAGCUUGAUGAUGUUCAGUCCAACCCAACUCGACAAUGCAAUAAGCAUGGUUGACAGGAGAGAUGUCGUGAUUUUCUUCUUCCAUUUCUUCCAUUUCUGCUUAAAUUUUGAACCACUGUAUGUAUAAUAAUUAGAUAUUUACUUUAUAGAUGUAUGCCCACGAUUAUUCUGUAUUUCUCAGUUGAGCCAGGAGUGUCAAUUUUGAGGGAUAUUGCGCAUUACUACUUCGACUAGAUAUUGAUUUUCAUUUAAUUUUCUACCUCCCGAACUAACAAAAUAAGAAACAAAAGAAGUAUUUUUCUCAUGAAAAUCUUUAAAUCCUACCCUCCAAUGAUUUGGGAUGAUAAGAACGUUCGAUUUGUUCCAAAAACGUGAUAUCAAUUAAAAUUAACAUGAUUAUUAAUUUAAGAUUAUUUAGUCUCAAGUAUGCUAUUGGAUACCAAUUCAGUUUACCAUAGAACUAUCUUAUUAGCCUUUUUCAACUUGAUAUAUUAUUGAUGUUACAUGUAUGUAUCCAUUGUGAAGAAUCUGUAAUUCGGCCCACGAGUCGCGAAUGUGAUUUAAAAAAGAUAUCAAUAUACCAUUUGAAAUAAAUAAAUAAAAAGACGAUUGCGUGGUAACAGAAUUUACGAUUAAACAUGUAGACUGCUUGUUUCAUAUAUCUUAAACUCCCGCCAAUUGUAGUUUUGAUAGAGUAUAUACUCAAGUAAAGUUGUGAAGAACAAAUAAGUUAUCGAAUACGUCAACAACUUUUGUACACAAUAUUAUAAUAUUAAUAUCGAAA